AUGCUCCUGCGCGCGGCGGCGUUCGCGCCGAUCACGCGCCACGCCCGCAAGCGCCUGCAAUCGACCGCAUCCAGCGACGACCCCUUCGCCGCGCUCGGCCGGCGCGCCGUCGACGUCGUCGCCGCGGACGGCGCCGCGCGGCUCUACGUGGUCCCGACGCCCCUCGGCGAGGUCGCGGACCUCACGUUCCGCGCCGUCGCCGCGCUCGCGCGCGCCGACGUCGUCGCCUGCGAGGACACGCGGCGCGCGGGCGAUCUGUUCGCGCGGCUCGGCAUCGACCGCGCGUCGCGCGGCGCGUUCGUGCGCCACGACCUCCAGACCGCCGGCGCGUCGGCGCCGCGGCUCGUCGACGCCAUGCUCCGGGGCGACGUCGUCGCGCUCGUGAGCGACGCGGGCACGCCGGCCGUGUCGGACCCGGGCGCUCUGCUCGUGAGGGAGGCCGCGGCCCGCGGCGUCGUCGUGCGGGCCCUGCCGGGCGCCUGCGCCGCGACGACGGCGCUGAGCGCCUCGGGCUUCGAUUCGACCAACGGCUUCAUCUUCCGCGGCUUCGUCGACGGGCGGGGCCGGAGCGCGGCGCGGCGGCGGUCGCUGGCCGCGGCGCUCGCGUCCGCGGACGACGCGCCCACGGUGCUCUACGAGUCGCCGAAGCGCGUGCGGUCCCUCGUGGCGGCGCUCGACGACCUCGACGGCGGGACGUCGCAACGGCCGCUCGUGGUCGCGCGCGAGCUCACGAAGACGCACGAGGAGCUGUGGCGGGGCGUUCUCGGCGACGCGGCCGCGUGGAUCGACGGCGGCGGCGCCGGCGCGGCGGCGGCGGGCGGCGACCCCCGCGGCGAGUUCACGCUCGUGCUCGACGCGCGGCCCGCGGCGCCGGGCGACGCGGACGACCUCGACGCGGCCGCGGUCGCCCUCGUCGCGGACCUCCGGGGCAAGGGGCUCUCCGCGGCCGCCGCCGCCAAGGCCGCCGCCGCCCAGCUCGGCCUGCGCAAGUCGCGCGUCUACCAGCUCGCCCUCGACGCCGAGGGGUGGCGGCCGGGAUCCCGGUCCAGCCCCGGGAUGCCGGGCGUCUGGCUCCUCGACGAGACCUAUGACUACGACGCCGCGUCGCAGAAUUUCGCGACGCACGCCGCCGAGGCGCGGCGCCAGGAGUCGGGCAGCGCGCCCGGCAUCCGGGUGACGGUGACGACGACGCCCGGGUCGCCGAAGCGCCCGCGGGCCCGCGGCGGCCCGGCGUCGCCGACGAGCGACUCGAGCUCCUUCGCCGCGCCGGGCUCGCCCCCGAAGAAGGCCACGGCGAGCGAGGGCCCGCCGCGGCGGCGGCGGCCCGCGGACGACAGCCCGCAGUCGACGUCGCGCGACUUCGCCAAACUCGACACGGCCGUGGACCCGACGACGAAAGCCCUGGGGCGGCGCUGGGACCCCCACGCCCACGCCCGGCCCCACACGUCCGACGGCUACGAGCGGCGCCGCGCGCUCAACGCGGGCGACGUGCAGCUGAAGCUGCGCCCCGAGACGGCCGUCGCCGGCGUCGGCGGCCGCCGGCGCAUCGAGGUCGCGCGGCCGCGGUUCCGCCCGCCGCGCCUCGCGGAGCAGGACCGGCCGCCCGUCGCCGUCGCGCCGGCCUGGGCCGAGUACGUCGAGCCGCCGCGCGAGCACCCGGGCCACGGCGCGGCCGCCGAGGCGCGGGCCGCGGCGCGCGCGCGCGCCGACGCGCUCCAGUCCCAGUGGCUCGCGAACCUGCCGCGCCACCUGCCGACGUCGAACCACUGGCGCAAGGCCAGCGCCCUCGACGACCCGACGAGCGGCGUCUUCUGGUCCGGGUCCCUCCACACGCCCGCGGUCCGCGCGUUCAUGACGCCCACCGUCGUCCACCGGACGCGGUCCAACGCGCUCCGCAAGGUGCGCUUCCCCGUGCGCACGGCCCUCUACGACAGUCUAGACAUGAGCUGCUUCGCGUCCGUGUCCAUGGACGACGCCCGCACGCGCCUGCCCGGCCCGCUCUUCGAGGCCAUGCUCCUGCUGCGCCACGCCGGCCGCGCGGACAUGGCGUCGCGGCGCUUCGAGGCCUGGGCGGCGGCGACGGCCGACCUGCCCCUCGACGGCGUCUGCCUCUACCUCAACUCCUGGCUGGCCAUGUACGACGUCACGGUCGUGCGCGGCCGGCGGCGCGGCGAGGCGCGCCGCGACGGCGCAUCCUGGCGCAGGGCCGAGGGCGGCGCGGGCUUUUCGCGCGCGGCGGCGGCCGUCGCGAAAGCGGCCGCGGCGUCGCUCGCGGGCGCGGGAGGCGACGUGCGGGCGCGGGAGGUCGUCCUAGUCUACGCGCGCCUCGAGCGGCGCCGCGAGCGCUACGCGGCGGCCCGAGAGGCCUUCGCGUGGCUCGCGCGCGUCGACGGCGGAGGCGACGGCGCGGCGCACGGCGCGGCCGCGGCGCUCUGCGCGUACCACUGCGGCGACUACGCCGGCGCCAUCGCGCUCGCCGGCGCCGACGCGGCCCUCGCGCACCGCUUCUACCUCUUCCACGCGUCGGCCGCGCCCGAGGGCCUCGCGCUCCGGAGGCGAGCCGCGGAGACCGCGGCCGCGAAGCUCCGGCGAACGCUCCGGUCCGCCUACGACGACGUGCGCGUCGACGACGGCCAGGUCGUCCUCGCCUGGCUGCGCUCGCCGGGCCUCGGCGUCCUGGGACCCAACCCGGUCAUCUUCGACGACGCGGCGAUCCACUGCGGCCGCCGCGGCGAAGGACGGGGCGCGACAAGGGUGCGAAAUUCCCAACUUCUAUCUCGGCCGCGCGAAGGCGACCCGUUCGCGCCGGGCUGCGACGGCGACAAGGUCGACCCCCGCGACUACGCGCCGGAGCGAGCGGCGCCGGAACCGGUGAUCCUCGUCCCCGCGUCGAAGCCGGGCAACUACUACCACUGCCUCCUCGAGUUCCUCGCGCGCGUGGCCCGCGCGGCCUCGGCGGGCGUGCUCCCGCGCGGCGCGACGCUCCUCGUGCCCGCGAACCAGUGCCUCGCGCUCUACGCCGAGGCCCUGGCGCUGCUGCGCGUCGAGCGCUGGCGGCCCGUGGACCUGACGAAGGCCCUCGCGCUGCCCGCGGGGGCCUGGGUCCUCGACGGCGCGACGGUCGCGCGGACGGAGUCGCGCGGUUUGGACGCCGGCGCGUGCGACGCGCCGCGGUCCCUCUGGGACUUCUACACGCCGCCGCGGUCCGCGCCGCGGGCGCUCCGGGCGGCGCUCGCGCGGCCGACGGCGCCGACGACGGCGAUCCUCGUGCUCCGGCGCGGCGACCGCGCGUUCGCCGACGGAGCGGCGCUCCUCGCGGCGCUCGAGGCCGCGGCGCCGCGGUACACCUGGGUCGCCUUCGACGACGCGCCGCGGAGCCUCGCGGCGCAGAUCGCGCUCUUCGGCGCCGCGGGGCUCGUCGUCGGCGCGCACGGCGCGGGCCUCGCGAACCUCGUCUUCGCCGCGGAGGGCUGCCGCGUCCUCGAGUUCCCCGUCGUUGGUCGAGCGAACCGGACCUACGAGUGGCUCGCGCGCGCGCUCGGCCACGCCUACGCCGCCGCGGACGCGGAGGCGACCUUCACGGGCGCGCUCGACCUCGACGACGCCGCGGUGGCCGACGCGGCCGCGAAGGUUCGCGGGUUGACGGACGGAUCCUUGAGGUAA